GGAAAUGUGCCAAGGUUCUUGGAGAAAGUAAGAAUAGUUGUACAACUUUGAGAGUAGUACGUAUUCUUGGUGAACAAAUGCGGGUUGUCUCACGAUUCUUAUAUGGUUUACAUAAACAAACAUUUCCAAGGACAAUCACAGUUCAGUCUUUUCUUGGAUCUUCACCAAUUGUCAAAUCAGACUUGCCAAAAUCCCCAACUUUCUCUGCUUCCAAGUUGAAGUUUUCGGAAAUCGAGCAGACCCAGUUGGGAUUUCUUAAUCCUUUUAAGAAAGACAUAUUUUUAAGAUUACAGACUUCAAUGCAACCUUCGGGAUUGAGCCCAAGACACAUUUACAGGAGCAAUUUAGCUUUGAAAUUGAGAGCUUCUAGGGAGGGGGUAGGUCUCAUUCAAGAAACUAAAGAAAGUGCGCCAACGCCUAUAACGAAAGCUAAUGAUGGAAGUAAUUCUUUUGCUGAGUUGAAGAAUAGAUUUUUGAGUUUUAAGAAACACAAAUACUUGGAAAACUUGGAGUGCUAUCAGCAACUUGCUCAAGCUCAAGCCCCAAAGUUCUUGGUAAUCUCUUGUGCAGAUUCAAGAGUUUGUCCAUCUUAUAUCCUAGGAUUUCAACCUGGUGAAGCAUUUGUUGUCCGCAAUGUGGCUAAUCUUGUUCCAGCAUUUGAGAAUGGACCAUGUGAAACAAAUGCUGCACUUGAAUUUUCGGUGAAUGCUCUUGAAGUUGAAAAUAUACUGGUGACUGGCCAUAGCUGUUGUGGAGGCAUCCGUGCCCUCAUGAGCAUGGAGGAUGAGGAAAAGUCAAGUAGCUUUAUCAAGAAUUGGGUUGUAGUAGGAAAUCCUGCAAGAUCAAGCACAAAGGCCAUCAGUUCUAACCUUAGCUUUGACCAGCAAUGUAGACACUGUGAAAAGGAAUCAAUAAAUAACUCACUCUUGAACUUGCUUACAUACCCAUGGGUAAAAGAACGAGUAGCGAAAGGUCUUCUUUCUCUCCAUGGGGGUUAUUAUAAUUUCGUAGAUUGCACAUACGAGAAGUGGACUCUUGAUUAUCAGAGGAGCAGUCGAAAACAGGAAACAGGUGGAUUUGCCAUCAAGAACCGUGAAUUUUGGUCUUGAUGUUGUGUUGUUCAUAUUCUUCUGAUAUUAAUAACAUGAUAUAGAAUCUAUAUGUCAUAAGAUUGUUGUUGUGAAUGUAUUACAUUUAUAGGGUUUUACAGUUUUUCCAGUUCAUGAUAGUGAAAUUUAUGUAUCUUAUGUGUGUAACAUAAAUAUAAUUGUCUUUCUGUAUCACUUGGAUGUUUGAUGCAAGUGGAUAGUCUCAUUUUUUUUUUUUUUCAA